AUGGCCAUCGCAUAUGAUGGAUCUUUGAGUGUAGAGGAACAGGCAUCUAUCAACGUCGAUGCACUUGUUAACGACAGCGACAAUGAGCCAACACGGCCCGCUCCAAGCACUCCACUAAGCGGCCAAUUCUUCGAGCAUCCUCGCCGAUCGACUCCUACUAUACCGCCUGGCUUCACAGUACCAGCAAUUCCCAAAGCAGUCCUUGAAGAGUCACGUUCGCGUGCUGGAUCUCGACCAAUGUCCCGUACUACAUCUUCGACCAUCAUACCGGCCGUGCCUGUUGUACCUGCCACGCCACUUCCCAACUCAACUCCUAACAAGAAUACCAAGGGUAAGCAGAAAGCUGAGACUACUGGACCUGCAACUCCUGCAGCAGCACCUACCGCGACCACUGUCUCCAAGCCUUCACCUGCGCCUAUGACGCCCUCAAGAACAACGACCAGGGAAGCAGUUGUUCCCCAGACACCCAAGGAACCCACACCUAGAGAGGCUUCAAAAGCAGUUAAAGAAGAUGUUUUGCAGACACCGAAGUCCACACCAGACGCCAAGAAGUCGAUGGCGGAAACGAUCAGCAAGGACACGCCAAAAUCGAAGGGUGCCUCUAAGAAAACUCAAGCUGCAGUUCAGACCACCCCGAAGAGAGAGCCACAGAAAGAGACAGCGCGCACCCCUGCGGCGACUGCGACACCUCCAGCUUCGACCAAGCGACAGCCUCCUGGCAAACUCGAUAUCCAAGCAGCAACGAAAUUGCCGGUUGAAGCAAAUUCUCCUGCUCCAAACUCAUCCAAAGCAGAGUCUCAGCCAAAAAGCAGUCGUUCUGUGCCAACAACAUCAGCCGGUUCUGUACCUCCAAGUCCCGCCGCAGCGGUGACUGGAUCGCCAAUCAAGCGCGCGGGUGCGCCGAGGACUUUGCGUGUCGUCGCAACACCAAAGACAGAAGUGCCACCGCCUGUUUCGGCAGCAUCACAACCGUCCUUGCCUCAGAUCCCAACGGUCGACAAGCUUCGAUCUAGGCAAGCGAGUAUCGCUUCCGUCAAUAUACCAGGCACACCAAGCGAAAUGAUAUCGGACACUGCUUCGGUUACUUCUACAUCAUUUUCCAGGGCCAGCUCACCGCCUCCGAUCGGCGGUAAGGUCGGGACUGCGCCUGUUAGGAAGAAGACAAAGUCACAAGCCAAGAAGGAUAGACAAGAGCGAAAGAAGCAGAUAGAAGAAGAAAUACUGGAAGACAACAAGUCGGAUGUUGAGGUAAUGCAAGCUCCAAUCAUUGGGCGCAAGAAGAAAGCCAAAAAGCCGACAACAAACGCUAAACCUAUUGCCGCUGCCUUCAAGAGUCAGCCAGCCUCGCCUAAGCCGGCUACUGUCGAAGAGGAACAACCUGAAGUGCCGACAGUGGCCUCACGGAGAGUCUCGUCAGCGAAGAUCUCGGCAACAGCAACACCUGAACCGGAGCCCGAGCCCGAACAGCCCAAGGAAAAGCGGGAACAUUCAGCUCAGUCGAUCAUGGCUGACUUGCAGCGCACGGGAGAGCUCCUUGCAUCGACCCUUGAGUUCUUCAAACCGUUGUCUUCGUCACUCGCUCAUGCCACCCGCUCUACUCAGAACGGUAAUGUGUCUACACCUCCGGAUCUGAAGCUGCACUUUUCUCAAGCCGACCUUGAGGCGCUUGCGAAGAAGAAGCCAGUACGUCUGAACAGCCAGGACGCAAAGCUAGACUCCAGGACUCUGAUUACACCCAACGGCAAGUUCUUCUGGGGGUUGACUGAAGAGCUUGAGAACAAGGCACUUGAGCUUGAGAAGCAUAUCGAGGAGCUCAAAGGCCAUGCCCGCUUCCACCCUCGUAAGCAAAAUGCACACGGUCACAGUAUGACUACUUCAGCGCAUUCAAAUGACGUCCUCCCAGCUAUCGCGACUGCACUCAAGGAGGCAGGUAAGAAGCUGAACACCAACGGCGGACAGCAGAUGCCGCGACUGGACAAUUCUUCUGGACUUCUCGGUUCGACGAACCUUCCCUUGCCACCGGUACAAGGCCAGGACGCGUCCAUGCCCCAGGUCCCUCCCCCACAACAGCAGCAAACACCCGCAGAUGCUGGCGCCUAUCUGAAUCAAUACGUUCUCCCGAAGACGGACAACCCACCGCCAAACCAGCCACGUCCCGAGAUGGCGGCUGUUGGUGGCGCACCUGGCGCCGGAACAGCGAACAUCUCUGUCAACUCGAACCGACUAGCCAAAGCGGCCAAAGCAGUGGUUGAGGGGGGAGCGGUAGGAAGCACAGAAAUAGACGGCAUGGGAUUGAUGGCGGCUGACAAGCUUGGCGGCGUGUUUGUGCAGGGUCUCGAGGCGCUCGUGGGUGCUGGACUUGGCUACCAGUCUUCACAAGAGUUCGGCCUUGACGGCAACGGCAACAUCACCUUUGGAAAUGGCGGUGGAAGCGGACUGGACAUGCAGGGGUUAAUGAACGCGAUUGAGACGACAGCUGGAAUGGGUGGAUAUGGCAACACAAGAAGAGGAAGAGGUAGUGUGCUGACCAUGGAAGAGGCGGAGCAAGCGAUGCAUGCGGCGAGGAGAGAACAUGAUGUGUUGGAGAAGAAGCUCAACGCGCUGAUCAAGAAGAACAAAAAGCUCGCGACUGGCGUAGGAAAGUAG